AUGAAAGGUCCCAAGUCUCUGAACCCACUGCACCUGGCACGCUCAAGUGCCAGACCCUCGAUCAGUAUCGAGUAUCUCCUCCUGUGGAUCCUGUCCGGCAGCCUCCGUCUCGGUGGAGUAUAUCUCGGCCUGAAAUGGACCGUCGUGGCGAUCGCUGUUGCGGUCCUCGCGUCGCCGAAUCUCCUGAUCGGCUAUCUCCUGCUGGCAUCUCUUUAUCCGCGCAAACUCACCUCCGUCGCGGGCACCGAGGUCUCGGUUCUGGGCAAACCGCUGCUCUUCCCGAUUACCUUGACGCAUAAUCGUCGGUCUCCUAUCUGGAACCGCUUCAGUCACAGCGUCUUGUUCGUCGGGGUUCCUGUGGGUAUUAAAUGCCAGAUCGGAAAGUUGCUGUCCAUCGAUGCGGACGAGACAAUUUCCAGCUGGUUUACUGUUGACUCGAAGCGGUAUCUUCAUCGGGGAGACGAUCAUCUCGGUUUGCGGGAGAAGCUGGAUGUUUUCUUGCGAGAUCAGAAUGAAGAUCCAUCGCAAUGGCCGUACGCCUAUCUCCUCAGCGUCCCGCGGUUUCUCUGGUGGGAGCGCAGCGUCGUCACUUGGUGGUUCCUCUACGGAGACAACAAGGAGCUCGACGCCGUGAUCAUGGAGAUUAAUAACUCGUUUGACGAGAAGCGCAACGUGCUCUUCAAAGUGCACGGCACGGAAGCGGAGACCUCAGCCCUCGAGGACUCGCUGGAUACGGAUAACUUGAAAACACAGUAUCUCGAUAUGAGACGUACCGUGGAAUCCGUGACCUCCCGUCCCACGGCUGUCUACUAUAAAGGCAUCUUGGUAAAGCACAUCUACUCAUCUCCAUUCGAGAAGGUCGGCGAGCAUAUCGCAGAGAGAUUCAUGGAUCCUACGAUCCCAGCGGCGUGGGAUAAGAUGCGCUCCAUGUCGAAUACGACGACCAUGACUGCGUCCGGGCGUCCGAAGAUGAUGGCGAGGAUGUCGUGCCAUAGUCCCCCGGUUGAUCCAACGCAGACAUCUUGGUUUACCAUCAUCAAGUUGCUGAUGUGGUGGACUUUGCCGGUGACAUUGACCACAGCGAGGAUUCUAUAUCAGGCACUGAGGAUCGAGUUUAAGGGUUUGAUGCGCAUGAUGGACAAGCCGGAUAUUCGGUCGGGGAGUGAGUCGCGGCGGGCUACGGGGGGCGAAUCGUAG